UUGAAGGCAAAGACUGAUUAGUUGUUGAUCAGUCGGCCAAAUGAACGGACUGCGACUGAGCUCGCCGGACACCUCCCUGACGGACAUGGAGCGGGUACUGGACCACGCGGGCGUCAUGCACGUGCCCUCCGAUGCGAUGCUGUCUCAUACGGUACUCAGUGGAAAGAUGGUCCCCUCACCGGUCAAUCACUCCAACAAGAAUGACUGCGAGGGCCAUCACGGUCGCACGCUGGACAAGAUGUCCUACGGCACCGGGAACGAGGUCAGCAGCACGCCGACGACUACGGGUAGUCCGAACGCGGACGGCCACACCAACCUCGGAGGCUCAGCUGGCGAGGACGAUAAACAGGUCAAACAGAAGCGACACCGGACCCGCUUCACGCCCGCGCAGUUGAACGAGCUGGAGCGCAACUUCGCCAAGACCCACUAUCCGGACAUCUUCAUGCGGGAGGAGAUUGCCAUGCGCGUUGGCCUCACCGAGUCACGCGUACAGGUCUGGUUUCAGAACCGCCGUGCCAAGUGGAAGAAGCGUAAGAAGACUACAAAUGUGUUCCGGUCUCCAGGCUCUCUGCUGCCCUCACACGGCCUACCCCAGUUCCCCUCAGCGAUGGGCGCCGAGCCUUUCUGCAACUUCCACAGCAACGUGGACUCCCGGGGCUGGCCCACCUCUAUGCAGAUGUCCCAAAUGGGCGGGGCGUCGCCCUCCCUUGCCCUGCCACCCACCUUACCCCGCCAGGGGCUAGGCCAGGGCUUGAGCCAGAUGGGUGGGAUGGGCGGGUCCGGGCCCAUCGGCCAAUCGGCGGCCUCCAACCUGCAGAACCUGACGGGAGGGCUGACGGCCAUGUCCGGCAACAACCACAUGCAGUCCAUGUAUCAGCCCAGCUUCGGCGGGGUGGGCUCGGCCGUGUCGUCGGCCUCGGCGGUGGCGGCCGGCGGCGGCGGGGUCAUGCCCAGCUCGCCCACCGGCAACACCAACGCGUCCAUGGCCGGGGAUUUCUCCUGCUCGGCGGCCACCAGCGACGGCGGCGACAUGUGGCGGGGGACUAGCAUUGCGUCCUUGAGGCGGCGAGCGCUAGAACACACUGCCACCAUCAACGGAAUUUUCAGAUGACUAUUGACUUUCUGAUAGGUCGUCGUUCGGUCCCGUUUUAUUCCAAAACACCACGGUCAACAUUCCUCUCUCGUAAGCGCUAUUAAACGACAUAUUUUCAAUUUAAAGACGCGAUAGUAUACUUCACACAUGUAGAAGCCAAUUUUCCCCCUUGUGACCUUAUUUGAUAUACUGUAAAAAAAAUACCUCAAGAAGGCCAAACAGGUAAAACGAUGUCGAAAAAUACCUUGAGUUUUGAAAACAAAACGGAUUCAGAGAAAUAAUGAUGUAUUAAAUUCCCGGGAAAACUCUCCAACACGAUGAGAGACUUUGAGACGCUGGUGGCAGUAGACAAACUGGUCCCUUUUCACAGUAUUGCGCUUGCUCGGAAUUAUACACGCAUGAUCAAAGCAACGUGCGCAUGCUCAAACUGUUACAAAGGUUAUCAAGCGUCCAUAUCAAUAUUUAACAUUAAUAAAAACGAAAUUAUUCUGUAGUUUUUGCCAUGUAUUAUUUGGAAAUUCCAGUCAUGCGUCUUAUCGUUGCAUAGCUGUUGGCGUCUCAUUUGGAGACAAUUAAUGGUGGAGUACCUAUUGUUUCUUUCUUUGUUAUUUUUUGUGUCACAAGAACUACGUACUCACUACGCAAACUCGAGCAGACCCGACACCUAUCUUAAACACUACGGGUCUAAAUGUGUGACUGUCGGGGUGGACGUGGUAAAAUGCGGAACGAAGAGCCCAUAACGUCAGACAUCUGAUGCAUAAAAAAAGGUUCUGAUCUGAUGAAAGACAUUGUAGGCACUUGUCAUGUCAGAAAUUACCGAAAUGACAUUUGCCAGUUUCCUUUAAAAGUGAAAAGUUCAUUUAACAAUUCAAACAUCGUGCUCGGAGCUGACAACACAAUUUUUCAUUUUUCUAGGAAGGCAACUUUUCAAACCUGCCUUUCUUUCCAAUCCCAGAAACCGAGUAAAAAUACACAAAUUUGAAUAUUGUCGGCGGUCUGAAUUAUCAAAUUAUAUGAAACUUAUUUUAACGUGAAAAAAAAACUUGAACAGGAGCCGUACCUUCAAGGGCUGGGAAUGUACAUAGUAUUUUCGUGGUAAUACAGUUUACUCUAUUUAUCGAUGUGCAAUACUAAGUCUUGUAUUCACUUUACUUUGCCGAUGGUAGUGUAGGAGUUUUAUAUAACGCUGGCCGCUGGUGGUUUUGAGAGACCGAUGAAAAUUUUCAAGGACAAAUUUAGCAGAUUAAUAAAGGCAAAAGAGUGAAAAAUUCAUUCUCCAAAAGAGGGAGCUCCUUAUAAAAAAGACUCCAAAGGAGUGAGAACCAUUCUAGAAAGAUUUAUGAUCACUCCAAAAGAGGAACCAUAGUUAUUCUUUUUACGAGUUUUCCCUCAUGUGGCCUUUUGAAAGAGAGGAAAUUUCACUCUUUUUGGAGUGGUUUUUAGUCUAGACUUCUCAGAAUAAUUUCCUAUAUUUUGCAACGGGCUCACUCUUUUGGAGAGUGGGUUGUUUAUAACCCUUCGUUGUGCACCACGGGACAGAAAUAAAUAUUGAGAGAUGUGAGCGAUCAUUUUCGCUCCACAUUCGUCAACAUGGAACCAUAAUGAUAAAAGGACCAUAAUAUAAUAACUCCCUUUCCUGCUGGUCGUGUUCCGGACUGCCCCCGCUGAUGGUAGCUUUUGUAAACCAGGAUCAUGCACUAGAUAAGUUUGGUGACUGUAGUCUUCACUAACUGGUGUAGUUCUUGUAAAAAAAGUUCUUUUAAUUUCACUGUGUAUAGGAUGCUGGUGCAAGCCAGGUAUAUAUCUCAAUUUUUUCCUUGCUUUGAUAGAAAAAAGGUGAGUGGCUUUCAAAAGAUUUGGACUUUAUUUCUUAACACUGCAAAAUUCCGUAGGCCUUGAUUUCAAACGUCUUGGAUACCUAAGUAGGACCGUUCAAACUGAUUCGGUGACCGUUAAUGUAGUGCCACAUCCGUGGGUGUGGUCAGAAAGGGGUAAGUCCUCUUUCGGGGGGGGGGCAAAGCAGUCAUAAGCAGGUCAUCGGCACACCGUUACAGAUAGAAGGGAUCGAUGAAGAGGUAUCCUUUUCAUGCAAAUUGGCUAUUGUUAUCCCUUCUCAAAUGGGGAAAAGCUCUUCACACCCGCUCGAAGCUUUCGACAAACGCCCAUAAAAUACGGAACCAGUGGCUCAACCACAGUAACGGGAUAUCAGAGCGACUCCCUUCGUCACGCCCCCCCCCUCCCAGAACUCCCGCCUCACUUUCAACUGCAGAUCUGUUCAUUUAGCCUUUAUCAGAUUAAUAUCAGUUUCAUAAACGCCCUCUCGGGCGUUGUUUUAGAGCGUGUAACCUUCUACCAAGUUAGCGCAAACGAUCACCCGAUCACAAUCGCAUCUGACCGGCGCUCGAUAUCGUCGAUGCUUCGCUCGUUCCUUCCACCGUCAAGGCUGUACGAGCCUUCGCUGAUGUUUUUCCUCUUCCCCAAUCGACCCACAUUAAUAUUUUUUCGAGCAAGCUUCAUUAGGUCUUCAUUCUCCGCUAAUUCCGCCGACCUAAUUCAUCCCUUGGCCAAUGGGGAAAAUUGUUAUCAUAUAUAGCUGUGGUCAUAAAAGUGUCAUAUUUUGAUGUAAAUAAUAAUAUAAUGAUUUUCCCAGUGAUUAUAAAAUGUAUGAAUAAAGAU